CCCCCGAUGAUGUGCGGACGGACGACUCAUCGAGUCUGAUCCACCGUGGGCUACUUAAGCCCAUCAACAACCCGACAUGAUCCCCCGUCAUCCCAUCGCACAAUGGCGCCUUUGAAAACUCUCAUCUGUGGAGGGGGCUGCGCGGGCCCGGCCCUGGCCUUCUGGCUCGCUCGCAUCGGCCAUCGCGUCGUCGUCGUCGAGCGCUUCCCGGCUCUCCGGGCCACCGGGGCCCAGAUCGAUCUGCGCGCCCAGGGCAUCGAGGUCGCCAAGCGCAUGGGACUGCUGGAUGCCAUCCGCCGCAAGCGCGUCCACGAGGAGGGAUUCUGUCUGGUCGACUCGGACGGUCGGGUCAAGGCGACCGUGAAGCCCAACACGUCCGGACACGGCGCGCAGUCGGUGACUUCCGAGUACGAGAUCAUGCGUGGGGACCUCGUGCGAAUCCUUCACGAUGCGACCAAGGAUGACGUGGAGUAUAGGUUCGGCAAGACUGUGGAUCGGUACGAGCAAGUCGACAACCGCGUGGUCGCUCACUUUUCCGAUGGUUCGUCGGAUACGUUUGAUCUACUGGUCGGGGCGGAUGGCCAGGGUUCUCGCAUACGAGGUGGGAUCUUACCCGCGGACGCCCCGGACCCCUACUGGCGAAUGGGCAUGCACAUGGCCUAUUGGUUCAUUCCCAGGACGGAGACCGACGCCAACUUCUUCACCUGGUAUCAUGCGCCUGGUGGACGACUGGUCAUCCGCAGAAGCCACAGUCCCACGCAAUCUCAGGCGUACUUCGUUCUUCGAGACAACUCGGAAGACCUGUCGCAUCUUUUCAAGGCGUCAGUGGAAAAGCAGAAGGAGUUCUGGACUCAGCGAUACCGCGACGCGGGAUGGGAGGUCGACCGGUUCAUCGAGGGAAUGCAACACGCGGACAAUUUCUAUUCGCAUGAGAAUCUCCAGGUCCGGAUAGAUACGUGGUCCAAGGGGCGGGUGGUCUUGCUGGGGGAUGCAGCUCACUGUCCGGCUGUUUUCACUGGCAUGGGGACCACAGGCAGUCUGGUCGGAGCGUAUGUGCUGGCUGGAGAGCUGAGUCGAUAUCCGCACGACAUCGCGAAGGCUCUUGAGAACUAUGAUACAACACUGCGGCCGUUUGUGAAGGAGAUCCAGAAAACAGGUCCGUCCUGGUUGAUGCGAUUGGGCAUCCCCGAGACGAAAUGGGGAAUUUCUGUGCUCCGCGCCGUUGCGACGAUGCUUUGUGUCCUUCGUGUUCCGGAUCUCAUCGCACGUUUUUCAGGCGAGGACAGAGGGGGCUGGAAGCUGCCGGAUUAUCCUAAACUGACGCCGCACUCCAAGCCUCGGUCAUGAUCGGAAGAAGGAUGAUCUUCAUGCUCAAUUCAAGGUCCUGUUAAUAUCAGAAUGCAUGCAGCGAGGUCGAUUCGACCCUGCUGGGGUGUCCGGAUAUCCUCUUCUUCGAGGGAUUCUUCAUUUGACAGUUAUUUAUAGCAUAGACCAUGCCGAGUUUGACACUGAAAACAUAUCUCCAAGCUGCCUUCCCCCAUUUAUUACUGGUCUUUACAAAUCCCGAUGCCCAUCGCCAUGGGUCAUGGAAUCCUCGAUGGUUGUGUCGCCGUUCGCGCCCGGGCGAUUGUUCCAACUUGGUGGUGUCGACCUCCGCGGAGGCCUCGUAAGAAGCAUACUCGGCUGUGAAUCAUCUGUUGUAUUGCAGACUCCCUAGAUUCUGCUGUUACAUCACCGAAAUAUAAUUAUUUGUGAUGGGUCAAAUACCUCCUCUACCGGUGAUCUACCGACCGCAGAUCAAGCUCCAUCGCAUCGUAUCCAGCA